AUAAACUCCUUCCUUUUCUUCUCUCUCCUCCCUUUCUCUCUCUACAAAUGAUACAACAGUUUUGAUUCAGUCUUCCCUUCCUUCCUUCGUCAAUGGCGUUUCCUGACCAUCUCUCCCAAGAAAUGGCGCUUCACCACCUCUCCGACCACCAACUCGCCGACGCCGCCGGUAAACCGCCGACCUGGCUCAACAGUGCUAUUCUCCGUCAACAGUCUCACGGACACCAUCACUACGGUGAUGGAAGUUUCCUUCACCUACAAACCACCAAUUCCGACUCAUCCGCCUCAAAUCAGUGGAUAUCCGGCCGUUCGAUUCACGGAGACGCACCUCAUGAAGAAGUACACGAACUCAUCGGAGCGGGAGCGGGAGGGAUGAAUUGUCAGGAGAAGGAGGUGAGUCAGCCGAGUGAGAAUGAAGGUAAUGGUGCUGGUUCUGGAGCUGGAACUGGAACUGGAGAGGAGAGUAAUCUUUGGCAGACGGCUAAGUGUAAAUCUGAUAUAUUAGAACAUCCUCUGUAUGAACAAUUGCUAUCAGCUCACGUUCAGUGUCUUCGAAUUGCUACGCCGGUCGAUCAACUGCCAAGGAUCGAUGCACAGUUAGCGCAGUCGCAGCAGGUGGUUGCUAAAUACUCCGUUCUUGGACAAGGAAGUCAGCCUCUGGAUGAUAAAGACCUUAAUCAGUUCAUGACACAUUAUGUUCUAUUGCUAUCUUCAUUUAAAGAACAAUUGCAACAACAUGUUCGUGUUCAUGCUAUGGAAGCUGUCAUGGCUUGCUGGGAUCUUGAGCAAUCUCUGCAAAGUUUAACAGGUGUAGCUCCUGGAGAAGGAACUGGGGCAACAAUGUCGGAUGAUGAAGAUGAUGAUGAACUAGAAGAUAACGAAGCUAACUUAUUCGAUGGAAGUCUUGAUGGACCAGAUAACAUGGGAUUCGGUCCUUUAGUUCCAACAGAAACAGAGAGGUCAUUGAUGGAACGCGUUAGACAAGAGUUGAAACACGAACUCAAACAGGGUUACAAGGACAAGAUUGUGGAUAUCCGAGAAGAAAUACUUCGUAAAAGAAGAGCUGGGAAACUCCCCGGAGACACUACCUCCCUUCUGAAAGCCUGGUGGCAAUCCCAUUCAAAAUGGCCAUAUCCAACUGAAGAGGAUAAAGCAAGAUUGGUGCAGGAGACAGGUUUGCAACUGAAACAGAUAAACAACUGGUUUAUCAAUCAGAGGAAGAGGAAUUGGCAUAGCAAUCCAUCAUCUUCAACCACCCCGAAGAAUAAACGCAAGAGGUGAUCAAACUGGAAAAGAACUUGUUCGGUUGGUUCGGUUUCAAACUGGUUGAGAGAGUUGUAUCUAUGUUGAAUUGAUACUGUACAGCUGGUUGUGAUGAAGAAGAAGAAGAAGGGAUUUGCAUACAGUUAUUAAUAUUAUAGGAUCUUGAUUGACUGUAAGUUUUAAAAACAUAAUCUUUUUAGAUAAAGCUUGAUCCAGGGAGAGUUUUAACUAUAUUGAAGCACAAAGUCAGCCCUUAUUUACAGAUAAUUUGCAUACUGGUGAUCUAUUUCAAUGUUAUAAAAUAACAAUAUGCAUUUGUAAUUUUUUUUAAUCAAAGCUUGCUUUUGUAUGUGAAUAACAAUUAAUGGUGUCAUAAUUUUAUAUUUAUGUAUUUGGAUUUUA